ACAAGUAUCUUAAACCCUAAUCACUUCUCCAAAAACCUCUUUCUUGAGGUGAAGUGAAACACUUUCAUUUCUCUUAUCUUUUACACAGUCACAGUAACUUAACUUCUAUGCUCUAAUGACAAAACUAUUCUUAUCACAACUCCGUCUUCUUCAAUUCCAUCCAAUGAAACUCCACUCUCUCUCCCUCUUCAAACUCUCUCACAUCCCACUCCGCAACGCUGCGUUUCAUCCUCGCCCUUUUUCUGUCCGUCCAGAUAGAAUCAGGGCUUCCAAAAGCCUCGUCGACGACGAGGCUGACCUUAGUAAUUGGGUUGAUGAUUUGCGUACUGGCCGCGCCGAGACAUUGAAACCUGCCCAGAGAGUAGGUUCCAGAGAACCCGCUGUCAGAGACGGCGGGUUCCGGAAGAGAAGAGGUGGUGGUGAUUUUAAGAAGGGGAAACCUAAUUUGGAUGCAAAAACAAGGUUUGGAUUGAGUAGUGAUAGUGAUAAUGAUGAAGUUGUUGAAAGAGGGAAGUUUAAGGAUGCUGGCGGUUCUGGAAGUAUUGGUGAGUUUCUUAGUGAAGAUGAUGUUGAUGAAGAAGAGAGUGAUAUUGAUGAUGAGGAUGAGGAGAUAGUUAACAAGAGUAGAAGUGUUUUGUUUGGUAAACAAAAUGGGGUUUCAAAUACUACUAGACCUGCUUCAUCUGGUGGAAGUGAUUCUUAUUUAAGCGAUUCUAGAUUUGAUCAGUGUUCAGUUUCUCCACUGUCAUUAAAAGGAAUCAAGGAUGCUGGAUAUGAGAAAAUGACUGUUGUGCAGGAGGCAACACUUCCAGUAAUUCUAAAAGGUAAGGAUGUCCUGGCCAAGGCUAAAACAGGCACGGGAAAAACAGUAGCCUUUUUGCUUCCAUCAAUUGAAGUUGUUGUGAAGUCUCCACCAAGUGAUCGUGAUCAAAGGCGUCCGCCAAUUUUUGUUCUUGUCAUAUGCCCAACUCGAGAGCUUGCAUGUCAAGCUGCUGCAGAAGCCACUAAACUGCUCAAGUAUCAUCCUACCAUUGGUGUUCAAGUUGUGAUUGGAGGAACAAGACUUGCUUUAGAACAGAAACGAAUGCAAGCAAAUCCUUGCCAGAUCCUUGUUGCUACACCUGGAAGGCUUAGAGAUCAUAUUGAAAAUACUGCUGGUUUUGCAUCUAGGCUUAUGGGGGUGAAGUCCUUGGUGCUCGAUGAAGCUGAUCAUUUACUAGACAUGGGAUUUCGCAAAGAUAUUGAGAAAAUAAUUGCAGCAAUCCCUAAACAACGACAAACACUUAUGUUUUCUGCAACAAUUCCGGACGAGGUGCGUCAAGUCUGCCAUGUUGCUCUGAAAAGGGACUUUGAAUAUAUUAAUACAGUUCAGGAGGGCUCGGAGGAUACUCAUUCACAGGUCCGCCAAAUGCAUUUAGUUGCACCAUUAGACAAGCAUUUCCCUUUACUCUAUGCUAUUCUGAAGGAGCACAUUGCAGAUGAUGUUGACUAUAAGGUUCUUGUUUUCUGCACAACUGCUAUGGUCACAAGACUUGUUGCUGAUCUCCUUGGGGAGUUGAACUUGAAUGUGAGAGAAAUCCAUUCAAGAAAGCCACAGAGUUAUAGAACCAGAGUUUCUGAUGAAUUCCGGAAGUCAAAGGGUCUCAUCCUGGUUACUUCUGAUGUAUCCGCACGUGGAGUUGAUUAUCCAGAUGUUACUCUUGUUGUACAGGUUGGCCUUCCGGCUGAUAAACAACAGUAUAUACAUCGACUAGGUAGAACUGGGCGAAAAGGAAAAGAAGGGCAGGGCAUACUGCUACUAGCUCCUUGGGAAGAGUUCUUUUUAGCUACAGCAAAAGAUUUGCCUAUUGUGAAAGCUCCAGUACCGUUAGUUGAUCCUGACACGAAGAAAAAGGUGGAAAGGGCUCUAUCGAAUGUGGAGAUGAAGAAUAAAGAAGCAGCAUAUCAGGCAUGGCUUGGUUACUACAAUUCUAACAAGAAAGUUGGGAAAGAUAAGUAUAGGUUAGUGGAGCUUGCAAAUGAGUUUAGUCGAUGCAUGGGGCUUGAUAACCCUCCAGCUAUUCCUAAACUUGUCCUUGGCAAGAUGGGUCUUAAAAAUGUCCCUGGAUUACGUUCCAAAUAGGUUAUGUAUUCAUUUCAUUCAAUUUCCGACAAGUCGGUCUUGUGUAAGAGAGAAAUAUUCUUGAGUUGAAAUGCCCCAUUAUAAUUUGAUCUUAAGACUUGGAACUCCUAAAUUUUAAUUACUAUGUCGUAUCUUUUGUAGUUCUAGAUGAAUUAUCAUUUAACAACAUA